UGCCUGAACGACGAGCCGUGCUGUGUUGUCGCCAGCUGUUGGUUCGAAGACGAAGCCGACGUCGGUGUUGUGUCUCGUUUUGUUUGCGUGUGUGUGCCAGCACAGCGAGCGUCCCGCUGAAGAAAAGGAAAAACGAAAACGAAAAGAUGGUGUUGGGCUUCGUGAAACACGGUGUCGUGCUGUUACAUAACUGAAGCCGAAGCGCUCUGAUAACGGACCAGUGCCAAUGCAGGUCGGAGUUGAAGCCAUUUUUCUCUGUGCAGUCAGAUAGCAGGGUUCAGCUUUGGAGAAUCACUUUUACUUGCGCAUGCACAGUAAACAGAGUGCUUUGAAGUGACAGCGCUGCCAUCAUGAACGUGGGCACAGCACACAGCGAGGUGAACCCCAACACCCGAGUGAUGAACAGCAGAGGGAUCUGGCUGGCUUACAUCCUCGGCAUCGGCCUCUUGCACGUCAUCCUGCUCAGCAUUCCCUUCGCCAGCGUGCCUGUGGUCUGGACCCUCACCAACCUCAUACACAAUCUGUGCAUGUAUCUUCUACUUCACACCGUUAAAGGGACCCCCUUUGAGACCCCAGAUCAGGGCAAGGCUCGCCUCCUCACACACUGGGAGCAGAUGGAUUAUGGCGUGCAGUUCACUGCUUCUCGCAAGUUUCUAACAAUCACUCCCAUUGUCCUAUAUAUCCUAACCAGCUUCUACACCAAAUACGAUAGGGCCCAUUUUGUGGUGAAUACUGUUUCUUUGUUGACUGUCCUCAUUCCCAAGCUGCCCCAACUGCACGGCGUGAGGAUCUUUGGCAUUAAUAAAUACUGACAAAGUGGAAGAGACCUGCAUCUUGGCCACAUCUCCAUCGAUCGUCGAGAGAAAACAGAGUAUCAGAUCUCUAAUUUGGCUGCAGGUACGUAAGGAUCUGGUGGGUCUUUGCCUCCAAACUCUGGUGAACAGUCCCAAGAAUGAAGCCUCUGGGGGAUACUGCCAUGGUACCAAACCACAGGAAAUGGACACUUAAAGCACAAAGGGAAACAGUUCACGUUAUGAGUAUUUAUAGCUGCUUUUAACACAUAGGUCUUACACGUUACGAGAAAGUGUUUUUACUAAAACGGAGAAAGGAAAAUUGUUUGGCACAACUGGAAUCAAAUAAUGUGAUCGUGAUAUAAUCGUGUGACAUGGUACUCAGCAAUCAGAGUCAUUUUCUACAUCAUUGUGUUCUCCUGCAUUUAUUCAUCCUCAAUUCCUCAAAGAGCGUCGUCACCUGAAUCUGAGGUUUAAAAGAGAUUAACACGAGUUUGAAAAGAUGGCAGCUGCUGCAGGCGCGAGACAUGAAAACACAGAGUUUUUAUAUUUAGCACUCAGCGGUUUUCUCCAGACCAAGAAUGGGAAGUUAAGAUAGGCUUAUUUUUAGCCGGCUGAUUCCAUAUUUGGACGGGUCCUGUUCUGCUUGCUGUCACAGCCCACCUCCACUUUGCUGCAGGAAAAAUAUGUCAAAGCAAAAGUCCAUCGCUCUGAGUUUAGAGUGAAAAAGAGUUCUGGUUGGUACUUCUGACCUUAUGUGAUGCAUAGGUCCAGUGCGGAUAAGCGGUUGGCUGACAGGGUUUUAUUUAAUUGGCUGAUAGUGUUUUUUUUAGAGGAGAGUGACGACAGCUGGUUUAUAAAGCUGAUCACGUUGAAGACUAUUACUGUCUUUGUUUGCUUCAGUAGAUCUGUGCUGUUUGCAGUGCACUUAAUUUAAAUGAAGUUUUUGUGCAAAUAAUAGCAUUUAUCAGCAGACAGCAUCUUCUUUGUAAACUUGCAUAAAUAAAAAAAUAUAGAAUGUUAGUGUUGUGUGCGCAGGAGUCUAACAUCUCUGUUUUUAGUCCCAGAAAAUAAGGUGUCUCUGGAUUUUCUCAAAGUCCAUUCUUCUUGUCACCCUUCAAACAGAGGAAGGGGGAAGGACAGCCAGCAGUUCAAAAAGGCUUUGGCAGCUCUUCUUCUGUUUCCACUCUUUCAGUGUUUCAGAUGGUAGGUGUUCAUGUGCCAUGAUGUGGUUUUUGCAUUGUUGGUUACACAGACAGCGCUUGACAUUAGUGAAAGAUGCAUCAGCGUUUUAAUGUUUUGCACCGGCUUGUAUUAAACCGGGGAGUUCUGGCUGGGAUCGUUAUUUACAGAGUCAACUUUUUGUAACGUAUUCCUAUUUGAAUGAUAUAAAACUGCAUCUUGCACUAUAACAAUCUGUUCCUGGCUUUCUCCAUCAGUAUGCUUAAAUUAACAUCUGUAUCCGUUGAAAGUGGGGAAAAAGUUGUAAAUUUCAAAGUUGUAAGUGCACAUAUCUUUGCACUGUGUUGGUUCCAAUCUCACAGGCAGUGGUUGCAAAGUGUUUCGUUGUGCUUGCUUUUGAGACCGUCUGCUGCACACCACCACCGUGUGAAGCAGCAUAAGUGUGGCCGUUUAAGUGCUUUGUGCUUUGAAAGGCAGGAAUUUCUCUCAGGUAACGUUACAUGCGACAUUGGCAGGUGUCCCACUGUUUCACCCCACCCACUGACGUCUGCCUGCAGAAUGGCAAAAUAGACACAUGGGGGAGCACUUACACCUUUGCACCACAGACACGAACCAGAUUACUAAAUGUACUUCUCAAGUGUAAUGCAAUUUGAAAUUACAGUUCACCUGAAUUUCAACGAUCUGGAUCACGUUUCAAAUGGAAGUUAAAUAUAAUCAUGUGGCUGUGAAAAUACUGUGCAGAUUUAUGUCACUUUCCAUCUUUGAAGUACCUAUGAAGUUUAAUUAAUACUUUAAACCAGCCAUGAGUGUUUAUGCUUAUGUACUCAAAUGUAGCGCAAACAAAAUCACUGAUGUAUGUAAACCUUGAAUUUUUGACCUUAUCUAAAAUAUUAGCGAUAUUGCCCUGUGUUUUAAAUUGAAUGAUGAUGCCUGCCAUGAUCAAAAAUCAGGCGCACAUGCCCUGGGAUUAUCAGGGCAAACAGGCACAAUGGAGUCAGUGAGUGAGUGACUCGGUCCACUAAAAGUCCAUCAGUAACUGUAAAAACUACUGCAUGCUCGGUUUUUAAAUUUUGGAUUCUGAUAUGUACAGGUGACGACCAGCAAACUUCCUAUUUUGGGCCAUGUUGGCAUCUUUUAACAUAAGUCACCGUUAUUCUUUUCUCUGUAAGUUUAAAUAAGAAUGAUGGCACAGUGAUACAGGUCUUGUCUUGUUCAGGCAGAACUUGUAAAGUAGAAACGUUUGUUUACAUGCGAUUUACGAAGUGUUAUUGAUUAUUGCAGGGUCCUGGUGGCCAACAAGGUGUCUGUUUUGUGUCUGAACAAACAUAAGAGAACUCCUUUCCAUGUGGUUACUCAGAACCACACUGCUAUGAGCUUGUAAUGUUCAGAUUGUGGACAAUUGAUGUGGUACUGAUGUUUUUGGGAAACUGCCCUCUGAGGGCGUGCGGGUGUUGCUUGCAUUAUACUGAAUGAGGUAAAUAUUAGAAACACCUAAAACAAAAUGGGCACGAGCAUUUUUUUUUAACAGCCAGUAUUACAACUUCCUGUUGUAGUUUACUGAUAUUAAAAUCAUGUUCAUUUUCUAGGAUCAUAGACAAUAGAAUCACUGGCAGCUGAUGUACAUAAAGAAUUUAAAGUGAGUUACAUUGCCACUUAGCUCAUUAUCAGAAUCAAGUAUAAAUGACAAUGCUUUAAAAGGAGGUUGGCAACAUUCAUAUCAUUCUAACUAAUCCGACUCAAUCAUGAUGAAGAGACUGCAGAUCAAAGUGUUUUUUGUUUUUUUUUCCCCAUGUCUCAGUGUUCGCCAGCUUUCAGACACUGUAAGGUGGGCUUGCAUGUUCUCUCAAUCUUGUUUUGAUUUUUGUCCUUUCUUGUUAGAAGGGUUAUAAUAGAUGGCCACCUCAGUGAGUCUGGUCUGCUUAAGGUUUCUUCCUGUAAUCAAAAAAUGCAGAAGGAAUCCUAAUAGCUUCUGCUUAUACUUCAGACACCAUCUUUAUCAAAAACCUGUAAGAACCCUGGGAAAAUACCAUUUGCAGUCUGAAAUGCUGUAGUAGAAAUCUAGAAUUUAUAUUAUUGAAUGGCAAUAAUUACUUAUUCCCAAUACAUAAAAAGUCACUGAUCCCCAAAGGAAGGACUUGGAUUCAUGCAAACAACUGAAGGCUUUAAAAUGUUAAGCAUGGACUAAAGGAGGAUUUUAAAACAGUAUUUGCUGUUUCCUUUUUUGUUUGUUUGUUUUGGUGAUGUACAACAUCGUCAUGACUAUUUAGGGCUUUAUGUGAAGUCAUGAUGUCAGAUUUCAUAGUACAAAGUGACCAUGCGUUGUGUAUAUAUACGCGCCAGGUUCUAAUGCUUUUUGAAAGAUUGUGCACAGUGAAUGCUGAAUAAAUGUGAAAUAUUAGUGUUCAUGGAUUGUUUAGUGACCAGUUUCUGUGCACGUUGAAGGAAGUGGCCAUAUUAUCUUCUGAGUGCUAGACACAACACAGUGUUUUUCAUGUGUAAUCUCAAAGUACUUUAGGAUUAUACUUGUGCUUUUACUUUGAAUUUAGACUGUAGAGUUUGUUCGUGGCUGAUUCAAAUGAUGAAAUGUGUUGGAUUUGUUAUUAUUACAGCUGCAAUGUGCAAAACUGUGUUGGCAUAUGAUUGAACUUUUGUACUGUAUUGUAUGGUGGAAGCCUAAAACUGUUUAAAUGGUUUGUACUGCAUGAUAAUUGGCUUAAUAAGAGCUUUUAAAGAAAA